AUGGAGGAAUCGUCUAAUACGAAUUCUAGACCACGAAGAAAAACUGCUACUACUAGCUUAACUAAUGAAGAUGCUACAAUGGAUGAUACUUACGAUGACGAGGCUGUUAAUCAAUUUAUAAAUGAUAUACAAUUGGAUGAUUAUGAUGAUGAUGAAGAUGAAUAUGUUUUCGAGGAUGAUGAUGAUGAAUUAUUUGAGGAUGAAUCAGAAGAAGAUGAUUAUGAUGAAAAUUAUAAUCUAAAAGAUGAAUUAAAAUCAGCUAGUGGUAUUAAAACAAGAAAUAGAAGGGAAAAAUUACCAAUAAAUUCAAAAAAUUAUUAUAAACGUAAAAUGACAAAAGCUGAUAAUAGAGAAUUAGAUCCGGAAGUUCGUCAUAAUUUAUCUAAAGCUCACGAAGCCUUUGUUAGAAACGAUUUACAAGUUGCACAAAAUUUAUACCUUGAAGUUAUUAAAAAAGAUCCAAAAAAUUUUAGUGCUUAUAAAACUUUGGGUGACAUUUUACAAAGACAAGGUAAAUUAGGUGAUUGUUGUAAUUAUUGGUUAUUAGCUGCAAAUUUACAUCCUUGGGAUUUUGAAUUUUGGGGUCAAGUUGCUGAAUUAAGUGGUGAACUAGGUCAUAUUGAUCAAGCUAUAUAUUGUUAUAAUAGAGCAAUUUCAAGUGAUAUAAAAAGAAGUGCUCCUUAUAUAAUAGAAAGAGCAUUGAUAUAUAAAGAAAGAAAACAAUAUGGGAAGGCACUAGAUGGUUUUCAAAAAGUACGUCAAGCAUUCCCACAAGAUUCAAAUAUAGUCCGACACCUAGCUAGUGUUUAUUCUGAACAAAAAAGAUUGAAUGAUGCUAUAAAUUUAUAUAUGAAAAUAUUAGAUAAUAAUAUUCAUCCUGAAAAGACUACUGAUAUAUAUCCAAAAUUUGAUUGGGCUGAAUUAAAUAUUUUAAUAGAACUUUACAUACAACAUCAUUCUUACAGAACAGGUUUAACAGUUUUAAAGCUAGCUACAAGAUGGAUACAAGGUAGAACAGAUGAAACAUUUUGGGAUGAUAAUGAUGAUUUAGAAUUUGAUAAAGUUAAAAGACCUGAAAAAUUGAAAAUUGAAAAACUGAAAAAAUUGAAUAAAAAUGCUGCAUUGAAAAAACCCUUUGAGUUACCAAUUGAUAUAAGGUUCAAAUUAGGAUGCUUAAGAAUGGGUGCUGGUGAUAAAGAAUUGGCUUUGUCCCAUUUUAAAUAUUUGUUAGCUGAUGAUCAAAAUCAAAUUGAAGAUUUACAUUUUGAAGCAGGUAAAGUAUUAGAAGAAAAUGGUUAUUAUGAAGAUGCAUUGGAAUAUUUCACUAAAUCUAUUGCUUCUGAAGAAUUUGGCAAUAAUCCGGAACUUAUAUACUUGUUAGGUAGAUGUUUAUAUGAAGUUGGUGAUUAUGCACAAGCUAAAAAAGCUUAUGAAACAUUAUUACAUGAUGAUCCUGAAAAUUUAGAUUAUAAGCUAGCAUUAGCUGAAACUAUAUAUUAUUUGGGUGAUGAUGAAAGAGCACAAGAAUUGAUACGUGAAGUUCAAACACAAAAUCAAAAGGAAAAGAAGCUUGAGGUUGAUGAAGAGGAAGAAGAGGAAGAAUUUACACCAGAUACACAACAAGCAUUAAUUAAAAGUCAAUAUAAACCUAGCACUUCAAGAAAGAAUAAAUUAACAGAACAAGAAAAAGAAGAAAUUGAAGCUAAUGCAACUAGAAGAGUUUUAGAAAAAUAUCAUCGUAUGGAAAAAUUUAAAGAAGCAGUGAAUGCUGGUGAUAAAACUGCAGCUUUAGCUUGGUUACAAUUGGGUAAACAAUUGAUUGAAAUGUUUGCCAAUGUAAAAGCAUUUUUCCCAAAAGAUAAAAAUAAAGAAUUUAAAGGUAUUUUAAGACAUUAUAAAAGUAUAGAUAAUAUAGAUGAAAAAUUAGCAAGAGCAUAUAAUUUAUUAGAUGGUAUUGUUGUUGAAGAGAAUUAUUCAAAGCAUACAUUAACUACAAAAACCGAAUAUCGAGGAUUAUCAUAUGAUCAAUGGUUUGAUAUUUUUGCUGAAUAUGCUAUAUUAACUGCAACCUAUGAUGACAAUGUGUCACAUGCCGAUGAAGUUUUAUCAAGUGCAUUGAAUGUUAUUAUAUUUGUUCAAUCAAAAGUUAAAGAAUCUACAUUAAGGGUACUUAAAAUAUUACUUGGGAUCAUGAAUAAAGAUUUUUCAGAAACAAUUGCAACAGUAAUUAGAACAUUUUUGUUAUCGAAUCAAUUUUCUCCAUUUAUUUGUAAAUUUUUCAUGUGGUGUUUUGGUUCAGGAAUUAAAGCAUGGGAAGUAUUUGCAAAUUAUAAUCAUCAAAAAUAUUUCCUCAGACAAUUAAAAUCAUAUGAUUCAAUAGUUAAAAAUGAACAUAUUAAUGGUCAAGCGCAAAUUACAACUGAUUUAUCAGGUAUAAAAUUAGGUAAUUGUCAUCCGGAUUUAGUUUAUAUAUAUGCAAAUUUACUUGGUGGUAGUAGAUCAUAUAAUUCAUCGGUAUUUCAUUUAUAUCGUGCAUAUAUUGAUUAUGAUAAGGAUCCAAUGAUUUGUUUAGUUUUGGGAUUAGCUCAUGUUCACAGAUCAAUGCAAAGAUUAAGUGAAAAUAGACAUAUGCAAUUAUUACAAGGUAUUAGUUAUUUAUUGGAAUAUAAAGAAACAAGAGAAACUAAUGCAACUAUAUAUGAAAUACAAGAAGUUGAAUAUAAUUUUGGUAGAUUAUUUCAUAUGAUUGGAUUAACUACAUUGGCUGUACGUCAUUAUAAUAAAGUUUUAGAAAUGAAAGAUAAGAUAGAAGAUGUAGAUUAUGAUUUAAGUUGGGAAGCAGCUUAUAAUUUAACAUUGAUAUAUAAUAUCAAUGGUAAUCCCAAAUUAGCAAGGGAUAUAACAGAAGAGUAUUUGGUAUUUGAUUGA